AUGUCAACUCAGACACAAUCGAUUGUUUCUGCUCUUGACGCAGUUCAGCCGGAUCUCUUUGGCGGCAAUGAAGUCGAGCGCCUUCAGGUUCGAGCGGCAGCUCGUCGCCUGCUUGCAAGGGUAGAAACCCCAUAUGAGCGUGCUUGGGGCUUCUGCUUUGAGCACCCGGUUGUAUUUUCAGCCUUACAGACAUGUAUUGAUGUUGGGCUUUGGAAGGCCUGGACUAGUGCCGAGGGGGGCGAGAAGACCCUAGACGAACUGGUCAGCUUCACCAAGCCUGUCGUUGAAACGAACUUACUACGUCGACUAUUUCGGCUAUUGGCUGCUUUCAAUGUAGUCGAAGAGACCGGGCAAGAAAAGUUCAAACCCACUCCAUUUUCACUCGCCAUUGGUGAGCCUAGCACCAAAGUCGCCGCAUCUCUCGAAGCAGCGACACAUCAAUACAUUAGAUCCGCGCACAACUUACCUUCCUUCCUUGCCAAGAACUUCUACAAAGAGCCAGUAGAUGCAAAUGCCAACAACUACUCUGACAGUGAUCCAGAUGGUCUCAACUUCUUUGGGCGGCUGCAAAAAAGCCCCGAAUGUCUGGAAGCCUUCACUGGACACAUGGAAGCCUGGACAAUGUGGAAAACCCCCUGGGUCAAUGUGUACGACACGAACAAGCUCCUGGACGGCGCUGAUCUAAGUGAUGGGUCUCCAUUCGUGGUCGACCUUGGCGGCAAUACUGGUAUUGAUAUAUCGCAUGUCCUGAAAAAGCAUCCCGAUCUCCCUGCUGGAUCCCUCGUGCUGCAAGAUCUUCCUGAGGUGAUUGCCAGGGCAAAUGUGGACGAAAAGAUCACGGCUAUGGUCCACGACUUUUUUCUUCCCCAGCCUGUCAAGGGGGGCCGUGCUUACUUUUUACACGCUGUCCUCCAUGACUGGCCGUAUGACAAAUCUAAGCAGCUUCUUGAGAACACCCGUGAUGCUAUGAAGAAGGGGUACUCCAAGCUCUUCAUCUACGAUAUCGUACUUCCGCCCACAGGCGCAAGUAUCAGCCAAACCACUAUGGAUGUCAACAUGAUGCAGCUACUUUCAGCAGCCGAGCGUACGCAGGCUGAGUGGGAGAAGCUCUUGAACGAUUCGGGCUUUGAGAUUCUGGGCUUCUGGCCUGACCCUCAGCAGUAUGAGAUGGUUAUUGAGGCUCAGAUCCGAGAGGAAAAGAACGGAGAUGCUGUUACAAAUGAUCCUGCCCACACUAACGGUCACACUAAAGGUCAUUAG